UCCCUUGCAUACCUCAUUUAUCAGUUCCAUGCGCUUUCAUUCAUUACCAGCACAUAGGUGUGUGUGUGUGUGUGUGUAUCUGUGUGUGCUACAGUAUAGCUGACUAGUACAUACAGAUACGCAUGAUGGGGAUUCUGCGACUCCAAUAGGACGUGGGAACCUUCUCGAUUUGAGGAGAUCUGCGGGAUCGGACCUGAUUCAGAGCGUUUGCUGUCGUGGAUCCCUCAUCUGUGGCUAUUAACGGGAUACAUCUGUCUGUAUAUAUAGAAUAAUAUCUACAUCUGUAUAUAGUAUAUAAUGCCGACACAUCUGAGAUUUCGGAGAAGGUCAUUUCUCGGGCUCUUAUUUCUCUUCUCGCUGUCCACAUCUGCGCUCUACUUCAUUUAUUCAGCUCCUGGCAUAGUACCAGCAGUAGCAGUUCUAGCUUGUAUGGCGCCCUGGGUGAAACCCACUUCAGGGGGAGGGGCUUGUGGGUGAUGAGAUGGCUAGUGGAGUUCAAGUGCCCACCUGUGUGGGCGCCUCGUGCCGCCACCGUUAAUGAAUACCUGUUCAUGGUUCAAGCCCACGGCAUUCAGAUCCGUGAAAAUGUGAAGAAUAUCGGCGCACAGGUUAUUGAGCAGGUGGUGCGCAGUGCCUACAACAUCAACAGUACAGACUACACAUAUGAGUUUAAUUUGAGCGAGACAGAUGUGCCCACCACUUCAUUCCUCCCUGAGGACUUUACGUACAUGCCUGAUCAGGUCUGCCCCGAGAAACUUCCCUCCAUGAAAGGUGGUGUGAAGGUGAACAUGAGUGAAGUUGCUCUAGUGGACGUGGAGAAGCUUCUGACGGAGGCCGAUCCCAGUCUGAGCCGCGGAGGCCACUGGAAACCCCACGACUGCCUCCCACGCUGGAAGGUGGCCAUUUUGGUUCCCUUUAGAAAUCGUCACGAGCAUCUGCCGAUACUCUUCCGUCACCUGAUCCCAGUGCUGCAGAGACAGAGACUGCAGUUCGCCUUCUACGUCAUUGAACAGGCUGGGAAUGAAGCAUUUAAUCGUGCCAUGCUGUUUAACGUCGGUUUCAAAGAGGCCAUGAAGGACUUGAACUGGGAUUGCGUAAUAUUCCACGACGUUGACCACCUUCUGGAAAAUGAUCGCAACUACUACGGCUGUGGUGAAAUGCCAAGACACUUUGCGGUUAAACUCAACAAGUACUCAUACAUGCUUCCAUAUAAGGAAUUCUUUGGUGGUGUCAGUGGACUCACUGUGGAACAGUUUCAAAAGAUAAACGGUUUUCCCAAUGGAUUCUGGGGCUGGGGAGGCGAGGACGACGACCUUUGGAACAGGGUUCAGUUUGCCGGCUACAAAGUGAGUCGGCCACCUGGAGAAUUUGGCCGUUAUAUGUCCAUACCGCACCACCACCGAGGGGAAGUCCAGUUCCUGGGCAGAUACAAGCUUCUCCGAAGAUCCAAGGAGAGACAGAGAGUGGAUGGCUUGAAUAACUUGAAUUACUCCCCCAUAGUGUCCCGGAGGAGUCUCUACACUAAUGUUUCAGUGACGCUCAGUCGAGAUCUGGCCCCCGUCGCGAACUACUGACCUCAUACAAGGGACGAUGCAAGAGAGACGCUCAUAUUCUCUCUGCCUAGCAUGGCCACAUGCUUAAUCACCAUUUUGAGCCUAUUUUUUAUUUUAUAAAAAAAAAAAAAAAAAAAGAGAGAGAGAGCAGGGAAUUGCUAUAGCUCCUCAACACUCAAAGCAAUUUUCUUUUCUUUCAUUUUUUUUUUUUUUUUUUUUUUUACAAUUUCAGCCUUUCCUACCAUUUGUUUUUUGUAAAGAUUACACCACAUUUCACCACAUUUGUGCUUCAUGUGGAUCAAUUGCUUUUACUUUUGAUACUCUUUUAUUAUUCAUCUAUCAUCUAAAUGGAUCCGUUAUGACAAUCUAAGACCCUCACCGCUGGUCUCCCCUCAUCUGACGUGGGUGUGUCUUCUAAUUAGACUCCACCAGGAGGGCGGAGUCACAUGUUUACAGCAAGAGUGAGAAAAGCUAGUGAACUAGUUAAUAUGCUGAACAACUUCAGAAUAGCCAUCGCAGGAGCUGCGCCAGAAACAAACACAGCUGGUUCUGUGUGUUAGAAUAGAAACAAAUAAUUGCAGAUUAAACUAAUCAUGAAAUAUACAAUAAACAAGCAUGCACUGACACUUAGAUACUACUAACAUCACGGGGAGAGUGAUGAAGUGCUCAUGAAAUGUGGUGUAGUCAUCAAAGCUGUAUAGUAAAAACAUGCUCAUUUACAGGUAUAUAUGUAUCGCAAGUUGUCAUGGCAGUUUUUUCUCGAUAUUAUGACAUCAACACAGAAAGCAAGAGCUACAAUGUGCUUAACAAACCCAAGAGCAGUGGCUAUGUUCGGAUUAUAAUGCUAAUGUACUGCUCACUGCAUACUGUACAGUAUAAACUGUAUGAAAAUAGUAUGCAUUAUGCAGUGAUAAACAUUUCAAACAUUGUUGUCACAUGACCUUAUUGGAGCGUGUUUAAUUUAGCAAAUUGCGUCCAGUUAUAAUCUUGAAAAUAAACAUGGUUAUUUUGCAUUGUCACAUCCAACCUUGUGUAAAAACAAAAAAUGUCCCGAUUUUGGUCUGUCCAAACAAAUGAGUCAUCUUAAAUCAAGAAAUAUUGAUAACAAAACCGAUAUUACUUCUGGUUCGUUCGUCACACUGGAACUUGCAUUGCAUACAGUAUUUCUUGCAGUGUGCUCUGCUGUAUAAUGCUCAUUUUGUUAAAUGGAGUACGUCAUCUGAGGAUUCCAAUGCAAUUGGCACAGUUUACAUACGAUACACUGCAGAAGUAGUACAAGUGGCAGGGUAGUAUGCUAUUCCGAACAUAGCCUAGCUCAAUACUUUAAAGGAGAAGUUGCAGGAUACAUGUCCUGGGACCUAGACUAGGACUAGGUGACUUGAUAGAUUCAGAAUUUGAUAUCCAGUCAAGCUGUUUGUGUGUGCGUCUGUUGACCACUUGAAACACUGGGCUCUCUGUCAAACAAGUAUUUUGUAGCUUGUGUUUACAGAGGAUUUUUUUCCCCCAUUUUGUUUCCACAGUAGGAGUGUUACCCAUGCCCUGCCCAUAUCGGUCAAAUGAGUGUACUUUGCAUUUAAGCAUUAUGCUGCUGCCUCUCUACUGUAAAAUGUGUGUGUUUAGUCACCUUUGGGUAUUAACAAAAGGCACUGAUGAUUGUGCGUGUGUGCGUGCGUGCGUGCGUACGUGCGUGUGGAUAAAACUAGUCCACUAUUGAGCCAACUAACAAUGGCCAUAUUUGAUGCUGUAUAAUUCCGACCGUUGUGUAAUGUCAGUUAAUCUACUGAUCUUGAUUUGGACAAAUGUUUCACAGACUGAGCAACUCACAACAAACCACUCACUUUGGGCCUUUUUCAAAAAAAACAUAAGUAGAACGGAUUUUGGUGUAAAUUGCUCGCAAACUAUUCUUACAUAGUGACACAUCGAUGCGACAAUUUACUUUCACUAAGCACAAGCUGAAUUGAUUUGCCUCUAUAAUUUGUAAAAACAUUGUUAUGUAAAUUGCCACACUGAUGCAAGACUUUACAUCCAUGAAACAAGAGCAGAAUGAAUUUCUGUGUAAAUUGUUCAUAAAACUAUGACCAUUGAUGUAAAAAUGUAUGUUCAUGAAACCCAAGCAGAACGGAUUUUGAUCUAAAUUGUUCGUACAAGCAUUAUUACAUACAGUAAAGUGUCACAUUGUUGCGGCAAUUUAUGUUCAAGAAACAAGAGGAGAGCAAUUUCUGUCUAAAUCAUUCAUUAAAUCAUUCUUACGCAACUGAUGCACUGAUGUAAAAAUGUAUGUUCUUGAAACCCAAGUAGAAAGAAUUUUUAUCUAAAUUGUUUUAAAACCUUUAUUUUUUUUUAUUUUUAUUUUUUUAUCCCAUUUUCUCCCCAAUUUGGAAUGCCCAAUUCCCACUGCUUAGUAGGUCCUCAUGGUGGCGGGGUUACUCACCUCAAUCCAGGAGGCAGAAGACAAGUCUCAGUUGCCUCCUCUUCUGAGACCGUCAAUCCGUGCAUCUUAUCAUGUGGCUCGUCGUGCAUGACACUGCGGAGACUCACAGCACGUGGAGGCUCAUGCUACUCUCCGUGAUCCAUGUACAACUUACCACGCGCUCCACUGAGAGCGAGAACCACUAAUCGCGACCACGAGGAGGUUACCCCAUGUGACUCAACCCUCCAUAGCAACCGAGCCAAUUUGGUUGCUUAGGAGACCUGGCUGGAGUCACUCAGCACACCCUGGUUUCGAACUCGCAACUCCAGGGGUGGUAGUCGGCGUCAAUACUUGCUUAGCUACCCAGGCCCCCUGUAAAACCAUUCUUAUGUAAUUGAUGGAUUAUGUAAAAUUUGCAUUCAUGAAACACAAGCUGAAAGCAUUACUAACUAAAUUGUUCGUAUAACCAUUCUUACAUAAAGUGUAACAUUGUUGUGGCAAUUUAUGUUCAAGAAACACAAGAAUUUCUGUCUAAAUCAUUUGUAAAACCAUUCUCACGUAAAUUGUUGCAUCAACACGACCAGGGGCAUAUGUUCCAGGGAGGAUGGGGGUAGGCAGGGUUGGGAGAAUUGGGAGGGUUACUUUUGAAAUGUAUUCCACUACAGAUUACAGAAUACAUGCUGUAAAAUGUAAUUUGUAAUGUAUUCUGUUAGAUUACUCAAGGACAAUAACGUAUUCUAAAUACUCUGGAUUACUUCUUCAGCACUGGUAGAUUUUUUCACUUGUUUUGACUAUAAAAACUCUGCCAGUACAGUAAGACAAAAUACACGUUAAAAAUACAUUCUCUGAAAAACCUAAAUAUCUUAUGCAGUGUUGUUUCUAAAACAAGAUUAAUCAAAUUGAUCUUGUUUUAAGGAUUUUUUGAUAUUUUUACAGGAAAACAAUACAAAAACAGUACAACCCCCCAAUAUUUAUACUAUGAUGAGUGAAAACAUGUAAAUUCUUCACACUUCACACUGUAACCCCCCCAAUGUUCAAGACAAAUCUUCGCCCUUGAAUACAACUAUCCAGAACAUUUCUGAUAAAACUGUUUGUGAGACCAUUCUUACAUUAAGUGUCAGAUUAUUGCGACAAUUUAUGUUCUCGAAAAACAAGCUGGAUGAAUUUCUGACUAAAUAAUUCGUAAAACCAUUUGUAUGUAAAUUGUUGCAUCAGUGCGACAGUGUGUAAAUUACUGAUGUAACAAUUUUCGCUCAUGAAAGAUGCAGAAUGAAUUUGUGUAAAUCGUAAAUUGGUGCAUUUAUAUCGAUUUAUAUCAGUUUUAUGAACAGUUUAUGCAGGGUUCGUUCUGCUCUUGUUUCACGAAAAAGGCCAUUCUACCACCUUACUAGCACAUUGUCAUUACAUGGGAAUUUUUAAAGAUGGUGUAGGCAUCGUAAUGUGCAUUUGUGUGAGCGUGAGUGUGUACUGUAUGUGUGUGUUAAUCAAACCACAGAGGCUGGCCCUUGUAUUUAUUCAGUCUUCUAUGAACAUAUUUGUUUUUUAGUUAAUUUUUUCAUAUUUGUGUCAUUAGUUUUUCGGUCAUUGUGAUAAUUUUGAGGGAAACAAUAAGAACUGUGAUGUACAAGUACUAAAAUUUGUUUCUUAUGACAUAAUGUGAGGUUGAUCACGUUUGUUGCUGUUAAACCGAAGGGGAGACGGUUUCGCAUGACAACACGAGAGAGUGAGACUGUUAGAGAGACUGUUUUUCAACCAUCCCCUCCUGGUAACUGAUGGUGCUGAUGUUGGCAUUGUGCUGCCACAGUACUUCUGUCUUGUAGCAGAUAAUUAUACAAGAUUUUGAUAAAUUACACUCUGCUGCAUUGAUGCGACAGUUUCGGCAGAGUAAUCUGCUGUGUAGCAGGUAAACUGUGUGUGUUUUGUGGGAAAUGCGCACAGAGCAGAUCGCAGGUCUCCCUAAAGUCUGAUUCCCUCUGUGUUUGACGACCAUGGAGUUUUGCUCCAAUAUUUGGAAUCUUUUUUAACUCAUGAUAAUAAUUUGUGUUUUUUAUUCUCUUAGUCCAAAUACUAAUGCUGGUGUCUGUAAGCUAAUAAUCAAACUCUACUGUAUUGUGGCUCAAAUCCACCUAUCACUUGGUAGAGGUGACCAAUGAGUAAUACAUUAGCAUUCCUUUGAGAUUUGUUUUAUUUUUUAUUAUUAAUAAGGAUCGUAUGAAUAGUGGAAGGAAGAUUCAAAGAUACUUUGGGUGGAAAUAACCCACAUACUGGUUCUGAAUUCGAUGUAAGACCAGCUUGAGUCCAUCCUGUAGGAAAACACCGCUGCGGACCCCAUCAUUGGUGCACUCCAAUCCACUAUAUAACUCAUUCUGCUCCAGCUGAAAUGACAGGGACAUUUCUCUUGAACAGCUGGCUGCCUUAAAACCUCUUAAUUUUUCUAUAUAUAAUCAUAUUUUUUUAUUAUUAUUAUUAUUUUUUUAUAAACAAAUAUAUUUUAAAAUGUUAAUGUGUUUAUUUGCCUGUACAUAUUGUGUAGUGUGUUUUGGAGCAAAAACAAAAAAUGUCAUAAAAGUAACUGCAAGAAAAAUGGAGCCCUUUAUUAAUUUGGUGCCAUUUACCUCAAUGCCAUGAGCUGUAUGAGCUGUAUUGAACUAUCAUGACUGGCCUUAAAUUCUAUUUGUAGUAUCAUUUGUCAUGAUAAAGAGGCUCCUCUGUGACGUAUCAUAUUUGGGUUGUAUUAGAAGAUCUUUUGUCUGCCAAAAACAUUGCUCAAUUUCUUCCUUAGACUUCCAGACCUGUACAUCAGUCUCCAAACUAGACAAUUUAAAUGUUUUGAGAAAAUGAAAUAUUAUAUUAAGGAGAUCUGGUCUCCUUGAAAUGAAGCCAUCUACCACUCGUACAACAUGCCUGGGCCUUAGUGUUUGUGUAUGAAAAUAAGUAGAGACACUUUGUAUGAUGUGAGAUCUUUGUUUUUCUAUUAUUAUUGUUGAAAUGUCUGAAGUACACCAAUAAAAGUAAUGUUAAGCAA